UUUCAGCAAUAACACUGCAACUUGAUAUAUAUUAUUUUGCAGAUUUCCUCCAGAUUUGCUUAACAAAUUGAGUACAGAUUGUCUUGUCAUGCAAAACCAUCGUUAUGGAAUUUCGCCUGAAAGGUUUCAAGAGAACCAGAAUCUAUCCAGCUUUUUUAAGAUUUUGACUGCUAGCACAGAUGAAGAUAAUAAGGUCUAUGUCUCCACAGUACAUGCACAUAGUUAUCCCGUGACUGCCUUCCAAUGGCAUCCAGAGAAAAACGCUUUUGAAUGGGGCUUAUCAAUGAUUCCACACUCGGAGGAUGCAGUUCAGGUGACGCAACAUGUUGCAAACUUUUUGGUCAGUGAGGCUAGGAAAUCAUUGAACAGGCCACCUGCUGGAAAAGUACUGGAUAAUCUCAUUUACAAUUACAGUCCCACAUAUUGUGGGAAGGCUGGGAAGGGAUACGAUGAAGUUUAUAUCUUUACAUGACCAUCCAACCAAAUUCUCGAAGGUCUUUUGAUAUGUGCAGUGUACAUGGUAAUUCUUCUGGACUUUAGAGUUGGAAAAUUGGAGAUUGUUGGAAAUGUAAACAUUAAUCAUCAUUUCAACUAGCUCGUUCCAUCCUCUAAAUUGUGUUUUUUCAUGUUGUAAGAUCAUAUGUAUCUACUACUAUACUGUCAUGUAAUAUUAUGCAAACUCUCACCCUUGAGAUCUCUGUGUCCAUUUAAACGACAAAAAAGAGGAUGUUUGAAGUGGGGAAAAAUAAGUAAAUGAAAAGUAAGGAAGUAAAAUUAAAGACAUCGUGAUUAUUUA